GCCGACAUCCGAAUCGACCCAGCACUGGCUGACGUGGUGUGACGUAGUGUGACGUAGUGCUUCUCUCUCCCGCUCUCAGUCAUGUCUCCUUCCGCCAGGGCGAAAAAGAAGCAGGUGCGUUUCGCGAGCGUGAUGGAGGAGGACGAGGACACGCUGUUCGAGCAGGCCGGCGGCAAGAGGAGCGCGGAGGCGGCCGGCGAGGAGCGAGCGGAGGCGGUGAGAGUGCGAGGCGGCGGAGGCGGCGGCAGAAGGGGAGGACAUGUCUCACACGGCUGGAUGGUCAGCAUGACGCUGUGCGCCUCCUUCCUGGGACUAGGCAUGGGCAUCUCCGUUGUGGGACCCACCUUUGAGGACCUGGCUUUCAACGUGAAGAAGAACAUCGCCAAUAUUUCCUACAUCUUCGUCGGCCGAUCUGCAGGCUACAUCGGCGGUUCCGUGCUGGGAGGAAUCCUCUUCGACUGCAUGAACCCCCACCUUCUGCUUGGUAUUUCCAUGCUCUUCACUGCCUGUGGGAUGUGCGCCAUCCCUUUCUGCAAGCACGCUCUGCUCCUCACCGGCUUCAUGUCCACCAUCGGGAUUUCUAUGGGUAUUCUGGACACGGGUGGACUUGUGGUCUCACUGAACACUUGGGGCCGGCAGGCUCAGCCUCACAUUCAGGCUCAGCAGCUGGGCUUUGCGGUGGGCUCCUUCGUGUCGCCCAUCAUCGCCCAGCUCCGGUCUGGUCCCAGUCCGGUGACCGGCUGCCAGACUGGGAGCGGGCCGGCCAACGCGUCCGGCGGAGAGAUCCCAAACUCGGCGCACAAUCACAGGAGUUGCGCCUUCCAGUCCACCUGGGCCUACGUCCUGAUCGGCUUGUUCAAUCUCCUCAGCGGCCUCCUCUUCUUCUCGCUCUACUUCCUUGGCGAGGUGUCGGCGGGCAAACCCCGCCGGCAGGAAAAGCCUAAAAUGGCGAGACAUCACACGGCUCUCAUUGUCCUGCUCUUCUUCUUCUGCUUCGCCAGCGCGGGUGCCGAGAUAACCUUUGCCUCCUUCAUCUUCCCCUUUGCCAAGAAGUACGCUCGCAUGGAUCAGUCCCACGCCACCGGGCUGAAUUCUUUCUUCUGGGCCAUGUUUGCUAUCUGCCAGGGCCUUUCCAUCUUCCUGGUGUCCCACAUGUACCCGGGCACCGCCGUCUUCAUCAGCUUGGUGGGCACCACCUUGUCUUCCUUGUUCCUCUGCCUCUUCAGCAAGGACGCGGUUGCGCUUUGGGUCUGCACGGGUCUGUACGGGGCUUUCAUAUCCUCCAUAUUCCCAAGCGCCAUUUCCUGGCUGGAGCAGUACACCACCGUGACGGGUCGCUCCGCCGCCACUUUGAUGCUGGGCGCAGCUCUGGGUGAGUUGGUGCAGCCGGCUCUUGUUGGGUUUCUCUUUGGGAAGGUGGCGGGCCACCCCCUGCUGAUGUACUUCUCCUUCCUCACGGCCUUCAUCAAGUCCGUUAUUUUCCCCGUCAUGUACAAGCUGGUGUCGGCACCCCGGGGAAAGACCCGGAAGCACCGCUGGAGGAACCCAACUGAUGACCGCAGGCACCGUCAGCCACUGCUGGAUUCAGAAGCGGUUGCUGAUCACGAGGACGGGACUGACUGCUGGAUGACUGCGGACAUCGAGGUCAAGGAGAUGGCCGACAUUGCAAGUCUUUUCAAGCGAGGGGACUGAAAACUUUUUUUAUCUGGACCAAACCUGUUUACCGUAUUUCCUUGAAUUGGCGCCGGGUAUGUAGUAUGCGCCUGCCUAGAAUUACUGCCGGGUCAAACUCGUUUCGCAAAAUAAUUAGCGUAUGCUUAGCAAUCCCGCUGGCUCAGGAUUAACGCCGAGUCAAACUCGUUUCGCAAAAUAUUAUUUUUAUUAGCGCAUGUCUAGAAUUUCCACCGGGUCAAACUCGUCACGUCACGAGUGACACUUCACCUGUCAUCAUUUUCAAAAUGUAGGAGGCUGAUUUCAAUCAUUUGAAAUCGCAUAAAGGGAAGAAGAUUAAGAGCUAGUCCGUAGGAUUUAAGGUCCAAGCUAUUGAAUAUGCUAAAAAGAACAGUAAGCAGCUAUGUUUUAUCAGUAUACCGUAGCUGCGUGUGUCAAAUAUGAGUCAUUAAAUGACUCCCGCUUCCUGGUGGUAGAGGGCGCUAGUGAUCCUUCUUGCGACUACUCGGCUGCAGAAGAAGUGACGACAACAGCGAUCGUUUAUUUUUUCCUCUCGCUUGCACUUUUAACAUGGAGGAUUACAUAUCUAAAAUAAAACAGUUUUCUAAACUGGACUUUCAAUCGAAGCAGGAGGUAAUAAAGGAAGAUUUCCAUCGAGACAGAGACUUUUAAAACUGAAGAAAGAUAAGGAAGACUUCUAUAAACAAGUUAUCGAUGCUUUUGAUAAGAAGGAGCUACGCAUGGACUUCAUUUAUAAGUAAAGGUAAGACCAUAAUAACGUUUUUUUUUAUUAAAUGUGCUUUUCAUGAUGGUAUCCUUACAUCACACUCAAAUUUAUAAGCGCAGGCCUAAAUUUGCCGCAUGCCUUUGGUAAGUUUUAAAUUAAUUAGCGCCCCGGCGGCAAUUCAAGGAAAUACGGUAGCUUGAAAACUUAUCGCAGAAAGAAGAAACUUUUUGAAAGUUCUGAAAGUCUCGGUAAUAAUUGUCUGAGAGCUGCUGCUGAUGAAGAUGAAUUGCUUUGGUAAAUUCUGGUAAGAAUUACAGUCCUGCUCAAAAGUGUACGUACACCUGUAAAGAAGAUGAUGUCAUGGCUGUCUUGACUUUCCAAUCAUUUCUUAUUUUUUUUGUGAUGUAGUGAUUGGAGCACAUACUUGCUGUACGUAUACUUUUGAUUGCUCACAUUUUCAGUAAAGCCAUAAUAAAUUCCGAAAAGAAGCAAACUUCUUCAAAAUAGCCACCCUCUGCUCUGAUUACUGCUUUGCACACUCUCGACAUUCUCUCCAUGCUUAGGGUUAAGGUAAUCAACAGGAAGUUAAAAAUUACCCCUUCAAAAUAAAAGUUUUGUAAACACCCGUCACCUUUUUUCAAACGUCAUCUCCUCUGAGCUCGUUCGUCGUUUCGGUCUCAAACUCGCACAGGAGAGAGUUUGAACCCUUUUGAUUAAAAGUUAUCGAAAGAUUUUUGAUUACUGCUCCGGUUAUGAUUUUACGCGCCUUCAAAGAACCCCUGCGCAAAGUUUCCUAAAAAAAAUGUCAUUUUUGCCUCUGUGAGCUAUAAUUUGACCCCCCUUAAAAUGCUUCACAGUGCAAGUUAAAGCUCUACUAUGCAAAGCGAAAGCCAUUUAUCAACAACAUCCAGAAACGCCGAUCUGUAAUUUGACCCCCUUAACAUGCUUCAAAACUCACCAAAAUUUACACACACAUCAGGACUGGCGAAAAUUGCCAUCUAAUAAAAAACCAAACCCCGAAAAUCAAAAUUGCGCUCUAGCGCCCCCUAGGAAAAAACACAGACAAAAAUGCUUGUAACUUCUGUUAGGAAUGUUGUACAGACAUGAAAUAAAAACCUCUAUGUAGGUCUGACUAAGACCAGGGCUUGAGUCGCGGCGGCAGCAGCCAAAGUCAGCUGCAAUGGUUGUCACUUCACUGGUGUCAUAGUUUUGAUGUGACAAUCUACAAUGUAAAUAGUCAUGAAAAUAAAGAAAAAGCAUUGAAUGAGAAGGUUUGUCCAAACUAUGUGU